GUAGCCGGGAUGGAGAAGAAGAGGGUGGCCAUCGUCGGAGCCGGCGUGAGCGGGCUGACGGCGUGCAAGCACCUGCUGGAGCGCGGCUGCCGUCCGGCCGUCUUCGAGGCGGACAAGCUCCUGGGCGGCGUGUGGGCGCGCGCCCCGGACUGCACGUCGCUGCAGUCAGAGCGGCCCAUGUACCAGUUCUCCGACUUCCCGUGGCCGGAGUCCGUGAGAGAGGUCUUCCCGGACUGUGGACAGGUCGCCGACUACCUCGACGCCUACACCCGCCACUUCGGCGUGCUCGACUGCGUCAGGUUCGGGCACCGGGUGGUCGGGAUGGAGUAUGUCGGCGUCGGCGAGGAGAAAGUGGUGGAGUGGGAGGAGUGGGCCGGGUGCGGCGAGGCGUUUGGUUCUGGCGAGGGUGAGUGGCGUCUCACUGUGGCCGACGCCGAGGGCAACAUCGAGACACACGUGGCAGACUUUGUGGUUCUUUGCAUUGGGCGGUUUAGUGGUGUGCCCAACAUACCCACUUUCCCUCCAGGCAAAGGUCCAGAAGCAUUUGAUGGGCAGGUGAUUCACACCAUGGAUUACGCCAAAAUGGGCACCAAGAAAGCUACCGAAAUGUUAAAGGGCAAGCGUGUGACUGUCAUUGGCUACUUGAAAUCAGCUCUCGACGUAGCUGCCGAAUGUGCAGACGUAAAUGGUACUGAACAUCCAUGUACAAUGGUUGUCCGAACAAAGCAUUGGAUCAUACCAAGCUACUAUGCGUGGGGUUUCCCUAUAGCAAACUUAUAUCUAAAUCGCUUCUCUGAAUUACUUAUCCACAAGCCUGGUGAGGGCUUCCUACUAUGCCUCUUAGCCAUCAUCUUGACUCCCCUGAGGUGGUUGUUCUCAAAGUUUGCUGAGAGCUACUACUCCAUCCCCAUGAAGAAGCAUGGCAUGGUACCUGAGCAUAGCUUCUUUGAGGCACUAGUGACAUGCUUGAUUGCCAUUACACCAAAGGACCACUACAAGAGACUAGACGAAGGCAGCAUUAUUCUGAAAAAGUCCAAGACCUUUAGCUUCUGCAAGGAAGGUGUAGUUGUUGAAGGUGAAUCUUCGCCGAUAAAGAGCGAUAUAGUGAUCUUCGGAACGGGAUUCAAGGGAGACCAAAAGAUCACGAACAUGUUUACUUCAGAAUACUUUCAGAGUAUUGCAGUUGGGCCAAUAUCCUCAACUGUACCUCUCUACAGGGAGUGCAUACAUCCUAAGAUUCCACAACUCGCGGUCCUCGGUUAUUCAGAGAGUCUAGCGAAUCUGUAC